GAUCCCACGGAUCGAGCUCAGUUAGCAUUCGAAUCUUCCGUACGAAUUAUCAUUAUUUUCAAAUAAAAAAUGAGUAAAAUGACCUACUUCAUUUUCGUGCUAUUAAGUAUAACGGUUUCAACCACGGUUUCGCAAUGUAACAAUGAAACAAUAAUGAACAAUAUUCAAUCGAUUUUUGGUAAUUUGGUAAGUCCACCAACAAUACCAAAUUUACAGAACUUAAGUUCAACUCCAAUUCCUAUCAAUGAUACUGAGUAUAAGGUUGAGAAUAAGACUUAUAUUUAUACAACUCGACCAACACAAACAGUUGCUCCAACAAGUGCUUGCGAAUGUAUUCCUUAUUAUUUGUGUAAAGAAAACGGAACUUUAAAUAUGGAUGGAGAAGGACUUUUUACGAUAAGGAUUGAUGAUGAAGAUGACACAACGGAAUGUCCACAUUAUUUGCUGCAGUGUUGCCCAAAAACAAAUAUAUCAUCAACUGUAAUUCUACCAAAACCACUUCCAAAACGAAAAGGUUGCGGGUAUCGUCGUCCAAAGGGUAUAGCAAUAAACGUAGAUCCACACAGAAAUCAAGCAAAGUACGGUGAACUCCCUUGGAUGAUAGCUGUUUUUACUCAAGAUUUAGCGGGUGAUAACAAAACCGAAAAUUAUAAAUGCGGUGGAGCUUUAAUCCAUCCAAAAGCCGUUUUAACAGCCGCUCAUUGCAUCGAAAAUGAUUUACACUACAUCAUCAGAGCCGGAGAAUGGGACACUAAAACUAACUUGGAAAUUUAUCCCCACGAAAAUGUUGCGGUUAAAGAGAAGAUAAUCCACGAACAUUUCUAUUACGGCGGGCUGCACAACGACGUGGCAAUUCUUAUUUUAGAACGAGAAAUUCCUUAUAAAGAUCACAUCGAUGUCAUCUGUUUACCCCCGCAAGAUUUCGUCCCGGACGAUAAUUCCGGGUGUAUAGCAAGUGGUUGGGGUAAAAAAAAUUUCGAAAAACACGAACAAUAUCAAACUAUACUAAAAAAAAUAAAUUUGCCGUUUGUGGAAAGAAAUCGCUGUCAGGAUUGGUUAAGAACGACACGAUUGGGGCCUUAUUUUAUGUUGGAUAAGAGUUUGGUGUGUGCUGGUGGACGGAAAGGGGAGGAUACUUGCGAAGGAGAUGGGGGAAGUCCGCUGGUUUGUCCGAUUCCGGGUCAGCUAGAUAUAUAUUAUCAGAUUGGGAUGGUUGCGUGGGGGAUUGAUUGUGGAAAUGAAGUUCCCGCUGCUUAUGUAAAUGUUGCGCUUUUUAGAAAUUGGAUUGAUGAUGUUAUGAGAAAGAAUAAUUUGGAUUGGAUGGCGUAUGAGCAUUUGCCGAUAUCAGUUAGGAUUGACGAUUAACUCUAAUAUUAUGUUUAAUAAUAAUUAAUUAAUAAUAUAAUUAUUAAUGGGUAAAAUAGC